UGGCUCUCUUUUGGAAUCAAUAUUUACUGCCAUUGAAAAGAAAACAUGUGUGGUAUAUUUGCGUGUCACUGUCACCCUAAUGUACAGAAAUUCAAGCCGACGGCUUUACGCAUGGCGAAAGCAGAAUACGGGGAAAGCGUCCGGCAUCGUGGUCCUGAUUGGAGUGGUAACUUUGUUUCCAACAACACAAUCCUUGCACACGAGCGAUUGAGCAUCGUCGGUGUCGAAUCUGGCGCUCAGCCCCUCGUUAACGAUGACGAGACAUUGGCACUCGCUGUCAAUGGAGAAAUUUAUAAUCACAGAAUCCUGAGGAAGGGAUUGAAGACCCAAUAUAAAUUCAAGACACAUUCGGACUGCGAAGUUAUCAUUCCAUUGUAUAUGGAACAUGAUAUCGAUGCUCCGAAGUUCCUCGAUGGCAUGUUCUCGUGGGUGCUUUUUGACAAAAAACAGAACCGCGUUAUUGCUGCCAGAGAUCCCAUUGGUAUCACCAGCUUCUACCAAGGAUGGUCUUCCCAGACACCUGGUGCUGUCUAUUUCGCCUCUGAAUUAAAGUCACUUCAUCCGGUCUGCGACAGGAUCAUCUCCUUCCCUCCCGGCCAUGUGUAUGACUCCAAGACGGACACCAUGACUCGUUACUUCCAGCCGAAAUGGUGGGAUCCAACCAAUGUUCCGUCGACCCCCAUAGAUUACAAAUUGAUCCGCGAAUCUCUGGUGCGAUCUGUUCGUAAGCGACUGAUGGCAGAGGUUCCCUAUGGUGUCCUGCUCUCUGGUGGUUUGGACUCCAGCCUGGUCGCCUCGAUUGCGCAGCGCGAAACCCAGCGGAUGAUGGUGGCGCAGAACGGCACGGUCACCAAUGGAGAAUCGGGCGCGGGCUUGGUUGGAAUCGACGAUAGCAACGAGCUGUCGACUGUGACUUCCUUCCCCCAAUUGCAUUCGUUCUCCAUUGGUCUUCCGGGAGCCCCAGAUACCAAGGCUGCUCUUGAGGUCGCUAACUUUCUUGGAACAAAGCAUUACGCUUUCACAUUCACAGUCGACGACGGGCUUAACGCACUCUCAGACGUUAUCUAUCACUUGGAAACUUAUGAUGUGACAACUAUCCGUGCUUCUACACCCAUGUAUCUGCUGAGCAGAAAGAUCAAGGCUAUGGGCGUUAAGAUGGUGCUCAGCGGUGAAGGUAGCGAUGAAAUUUUUGGCGGAUAUCUUUAUUUCCACGCGGCCCCGGAUAAGAAAGCUUUCCACGAGGAGACGGUUAGACGAGUUAAGAACCUUCACUUGGCUGACUGCUUGAGAGCAAACAAGUCAACUUCAGCAUGGGGUCUUGAGGCCCGUGUGCCGUUCUUGGAUAAGCAAUUCCUGGAGGUCUCCAUGGGUGUUGAUCCGCAGGAAAAGAUGAUCACCAAGGAAAGAAUCGAGAAGUACAUCUUGAGGAAAGCCUUCGACACGUCUGAUGAGCCAGAAACCAAGCCGUUCCUGCCGGAUAACAUUCUGUGGCGCCAGAAAGAACAAUUCAGCGAUGGUGUCGGCUAUUCCUGGAUUGAUGCUCUAAAGGACAACGCUGAGCUUCAAGUUACGGAUGAGAUGAUGAAGAACCCCAAGCCAGAGUGGGGCGAUGAUAUCCCUGAUACAAAGGAGGCGUACUGGUACCGAAUGAUGUUCGAUGAACACUUCCCUCCGUGCUGCGCGUCCACUGUCAUGCGCUGGACACCCACAUGGUCGAAGCAAACGGACCCAAGUGGACGUGCCAUCUCGACCCACGUUGCGAAAUACGACCACGCAUAGGUGCCAUAAAAGCAUUUGCCGCUUCGAGUAUCUUCCCAUUCUUAGGUUCAUUUCUGAGAAAACUUUUCUCUUUUUCUUUUUUUUUUUACUUUCCUGUCGUCAACGGCGCUUGGAGGUUCUCAAUAUUUUCCUUUUCUUUUUCAUUCCUUUUUUUUUUUCCCCUGUAAAAUUUGCUGGCCUUCUUUUUUGCCGUCUUAGAUUUUGGGACGCUCGUGUGUAUGGGUUUUGGUUUCAGAUAAAUGGACUGUUUUCCAAGACAACAUGAUAGAGCUGCUCCAUGUUUGUUCUGGGUACUGUUUUGGAGGAUAGAUAGA